AUGUCAUAGCCUUAUCAACUCCUCACCGCCUUGGCCCUCUCUCUUCAAUUUUGCAAGACCAUCUGGCCUAAUACACACCAUUAAAUGCAUUCAAAAAUAUACACUCACAUUUUUUGUAAGUACAUAAAUGUGAGUAAAUUUUAUCAAACAACUUAAACCAGCCCUCUAAAGUUUUCCCUAAAUGGUUAUGGUAGCACCAUUACCCGGGACUAAACCCAUCCAAUUCUCAGCUCUACGCCACCCUAAACUCACCAAAUUUGUGCCCUCAAGAACCCUUGAAAUUACAAGAUUGCCACAUUGUGCUAAUGUGAAAAUUGUGGCCUUUUCAAGCGCUUGGAGUAGUAUUGGCAAAUGGGUGAGUCCAGUUGUCAAGGCUGCAUCGAUUUCUGUGCCGGAGAGUGGAGAGGAGGAGGGUAAUUUUGGGAAGAUUUUCUUGUCUGAUGUAGUGGUGAAGAGGAGGAGGAAUGUGUAUUGGGGAAGACAAUGGAGUUCAAUGGAUGUAAUAACUAUUUCAGUGGUCGGGUCCAUGCAUGUUCUGUCUUUGUUUGCACCGUUUGUGGUUAAUUGGGCUGCUGUUGGAGUGGCAUUUGGGUUGUAUCUGGUUACUGGGCUGCUGGGGAUUACCCUUUCUUUUCAUAGGAAUCUUUCUCAUAGAGCUUUUAAACUUCCCAAAUGGCUUGAAUACUUGUUUGCUUAUUGUGGAGCUCAAGCACUUCAGGGGCAUCCAAUUGAUUGGGUGAGUACUCAUAGGUAUCACCAUCAGUUUUGUGAUUCUGAGAGGGACCCCCAUAGUCCCUAUGAAGGGUUUUGGUAUAGUCACAUGAGCUGGUUCUUUGAUAACAAGACUAUUGUGAAGAGGUGUGGAGGUCCAAACAAUGCAUCAGAUUUAGAGAAACAGCCAUUUUAUAAGUUCCUUGAGAAAACAUAUGCAUUUCAUCCUGUUGCACUUGCAGCUCUGUUGUAUGCUUUGGGAGGAUUUCCCUUUCUUGUUUGGGGAAUGGGAGUAAGAACAGUAUGGGUGUAUCACAUAACGUGGUUAGUGAACUCAGCUUGCCAUGUAUGGGGAAAGCAAGCAUGGAACACCGGUGAUCUGUCCAGAAACAAUUGGUGGGUGGCAGUGCUUGCAUUUGGAGAGGGUUGGCAUAACAAUCACCAUGCUUUUGAAUAUUCAGCUCGACAUGGACUUGAAUGGUGGCAACUCGAUGCGACCUGGUAUGUUGUGAGGUUCCUUCAAGCGAUUGGUUUGGCCACAGACGUGAAGUUGCCUUCAGAGGUUCAAAAGCAAAGAGUAGGUUUUGCUUGUAACAACAGCCAGUGAUUUUGCCAUUUGAGCGUGAGAGUUCAUCAUUUGGCGUUUUCCGACUACAGGAUAUAUAUUGACAUUACUUCAGAUACUAUUCCUGCAUAUAUUUUUUUCGAGAGGACAAUUAGCUGCCUAUGUUUUUAGCUAAAUUUUUCACAUUUCCAUUAGUUUUUAUAUUAUUUUUCCA